AUGGAGGAGCCCACAGCAGCCAACCCAAAGAGCCCAAAACAGGUGCAGCCAAGGCGCCAAUGCUGCCGCAGCUGCGGCGCCAAUGCUGCCGCAGCUGCCACCGCCACCACCCCCAGCACCUCUCCCAUGCCGGACAAUUUCACCACCUACUUCCCCAGGGUUCUGAAGCAGGUUCAUGAGGGCCCGAGCCUCUUGCAGGAGGCUGUGGGUGUCAUGGAUUCGUUCAUUAAGGACAUCUUCGAGCACAUUGCAGACAAGGCCUCUCACCUGGCCUGCUCCACCAAGCGCACCACUAUCACCUCCAGGAAGAUCCAGACAGCCGUGCACGUGCUGCUGCCCGGGGAGAUUGGCAAGUGCGCCGUGUCUCAGACCAGCAAGGCAGUCAUCAGAAGUUCAUUAUGUCUGAUCCAGCAACAGAUAAAAUGCAGAAGUAGAUGUAAGAACACAUCUGAGUUCUUUAGGCCAGAUAUUAAAGAGAUUUUCAAAGAAGCUGGCUACUCCUCCCAGAAGAUCAGCCCCACCCUCAGCCAGCAGAUCAUUUUCCAGCGCAUGUGUCAGGGUUGCAAAAAGACCUGA